AUAGGGAAUAUAUAUAGUAAACUACUCACUUCUUAUAAUAAGUAGUGGCUUAUUCGACGAUAGGUUUCACCUGAAACUGAAAGUUUGUUCGAUAUUUGGUAAACGGAAAGAGACAUAGCAAAGAUAUAACUGGAUUAAAAUUUAUCGAAAUGAUCGAAACAACUUUUAAAAGAUGAUUCCACUUGGAAAAAAGACGACGACACAGUUGUGUAUUUUUACAAUAUCGUUUGCAAUUGGUAUAAUGUUCUACAAAAUAGUUAAGAAUCCAAAAUAUAUCGCAAUUGUAGAUCUACGGGAGAGAAAAGAAAAAGAAGUAUUGACGAAGGAUGAAUUGAGCAUAACAUCAUCAAGCGAAAACCAAACUGAGACGACAUGUUCUCCCAUUCGAAGCUUUGUGUAUUUGAAGACUCACAAGACGGGCAGUACAAGUUUAUACGGAAUUCUAAACAGAUAUAUUGAAAAAAAUAACAUAUACAACAGGGUAAACGCGUUUCCUCGUCCAUUUCUUGGAGGUUACCCGGGAACAUUUAAAGGGAGCUUAUGUGAAAGUAUGUCAGCUAAUAAUACACAAACCCAGAGAAAUGAUGUUGUACAAGGAAACAUAAUACCUGAUGUCGUAUCGGGUCAUUUUAGAUUUAAUAAAGAAGAAUUAAAAGCGUUAUUGAAUCCCGAUGCCAAAUACAUCACAAUAUUACGAAAUCCAAUACAAGCAUUUGAAUCAUCGUUUCACUAUUAUUACCUGACUCAAUUGAAGAAACGCCAUCUUCAGCAUCCGAUUGCUUGUGCAGGUGAACCAUAUAUCCAGAUAAUGAAAAAGAAGGAUGCCAGUUAUUCGGAAUAUCUCAGGGUUGUGAAUUCUUCAAACCUUGAGUCUUUCGCGUGGUAUUUUAGAACUAGGAAUUAUCAAUCGUUUGAUCUUGGUUUGGAUUCUUCAAAUAUGGAUGAAAAAUAUAUUCUGGAACAAGCUCGUCAACUUGACGAUACUUUUGAUUUGGUUCUGAUAAUUGAACAUUUCAUGGAGUCUCUAAUUUUACUAAAGAACUUAUUAUGCAUGACUUGGGAAGAUAUUAUUCCACUCCACAGUAACGAAGGAAGAUAUAAAAAGCACCUUUAUACAAAGGAUGAAGAGGUCAUAGUUCAUUCUUUGACGAACCAGGAUCGAGUGCUCUAUGACUAUUUUAACAAGACACUGUGGCGGAAAAUAGACGAGUAUGGGCAUGAGAAAAUGGCCGAAGAUCUGAUAGCUUUAGAAACGUAUAUCAAAACUGACCGGGCUGUUUCAAAAAACAAAUCGAAGCAUAAGAAGAAGAAAAAAUCAAAGAAAAGAAUUGCAGGCUUGGACACUUUGCCGGAAGUUAAUACAAAUGCUGUCAGUGAUAUGGUAAACCAAAUGACCCAAGUUAUCCUUACCCAGGAAAAGUAUUACACUAAAUCAAAACAUUUUUCAUUGGGUGUUGUGCACAAAAUCGCACAAUAUAUGGCUGCCAAUGAAGGAUGGUGUCCGAAGCGACCUGAUUGAUACAGAAUCAGAAUACAGUUGCCACAAAACUACCUUAGCUGGCCAAUGCUCGGCAACAUAAUUCCAAUGAAAAUGGCGAAGCUUUUUGUCAAAACUAGAGGCCGUGAUUUGUGAUAUAUAUAUAUAUGUAAUUUAAAACAUACCGAUCUACAUAAAUGUGACAACACCCAUUCCCAUUAUACGAGGUACGUAGUCCCGUUUCUAGCUGAAUUAUGUUUGUGUAUUCUUCAUCCAAGGGUUACGAAGAUGCUAAAUCUUAUUCGUGUCUCAAUAUUCAUUCCAGCUUUGAUGCGACCGUUUAAAGGAGGUUAUGACACGAUUUGUUGGACUGUGCUGCAGGUUAAAAAUUAUUUGUUGUGCUCAACGACUAAUAUACGGUUGUGCUUGAAGAUUGGAUCAUCGGUCUAAGCUAGGGAUGCCAACUUUGUGUUAACCAUUCCGGGACACUUUAAUGUUUAGAAUUUGAAAAUUGAUACAACAGAAGCUCGCGAAACACGAAAUACAAAAAAAAA